AUGACGUCCAAUGGCACGUCAGCCCUCCGAUUGCCCCCUUGGGAUCCCGAGAUCACCGCCGUUGAGGAUAAUCAGCAUCGGCCGAUACCCGCAAGCUUGGAUGAACUACUCGAGCUUCGCAGGGAAGAACCACCUCGAGACGAUGCCAUCUACAACGAUCCAGGGAUUGACAUUGAAGAAAUAACUGUGCCUGGCGGAGAUGGCCUAAUUCAUGCUAUUGUCUUGACAAGCAAGUCUCGGUCAACAUCGUCGAAGCUUCGGCCCGGCAUCCUGUUCAUCCACGGCGGAGGAAGGGUCAUGGGAAAUGUCUACGUUGGUCUCGCUGCCGUGAGCGACUUUGUCAAAGAACUUGACGCUGUGGUGGUCAGCCCCGAGUACCGUCUGGCUCCAGACUUUCACGGCAGCGCUGCGGUUCAAGACAGCUACGCGUCUCUAGUCUGGAUGUCUGAGAACUUGAGCAAUCUGAAUAUCGACCCGGCUCGUUUCAUCAUUGCUGGUGUCUCGGCUGGAGCAGGCAUCGCUGCAGGGACUUUACUGUACUCCCGGGAUAACAAUGGCCCCAAAGUCUGCGCACAGCUACUUGUAUGCCCAAUGCUUGACGACAGAUUCAUCAGCCUGUCAAGUCGUCAGUUUGAAAACGGCCGAGGCUUCUACACAGCUUGGGGCCGGUAUGCCUGGAAACUGGUGCUCGGUGAUGAUGCCGAGAAUGGAACUGUCAGUCAGUACGUGGCACCCGGACGUGCUGAAGACUUGUCAGACCUGCCGCAAGCCUAUAUCGAUGCAGGUUCUGGUGAGCCCUUCCGAGAUGAGGACAUUGCCUAUGCUACCAAGCUCUGGGAAUGCGGUGUUCAGGCAGACUUGCAUAUUUGGGGAGGGGGGUGCCAUGGGUUUGACUUGUUUUAUCCUACCGAGAUAGGGGCCGAAGCUAUUAAGACGAGAAAUGCUUGGCUACGGAGAGUGUUGAGAGAGAAGAAGUAA